AUGAUUCCCUCAAAACUCACUCGCGCCGCACAUCGCGCCACCGCCGCCACUCCCUCCCCCGCCGGCUACGCAUGCCUCUCCUCCCGCACCCACCACCACCGGCGGUAUUCAUCUAGCAAGGCUUCCUCCGCCGACCGUGACAGUGCAAAGGCCGCCACUGCGGCUGCCAAACCCACCGUCGCCGCCGCGAAAGCCCAGCAAUCCUCAACACCAUCCGAGGCGAGCCAUGCUUCACGGAGCAGUAAGAGCAAGCCGCGACGAGAUUACCGCCGGCUCCAGACGGGCCUAGAGUCGAAGAAGAAUGGACAGUCCGACUCCCCACACGACCUUCGCGCCCUACCCAGCGCGCCAAGCGUCCAAAAUCUGAGUGAGACUGACCGCAGCCUUUCCAACUUCUUCUCCCUCCAUCGCCCAAUGUCCAUCAAUCCCAGCUUCCCUCCUACAUCCACCCCGGAAGCCUUUGGCAAAAUCUUCACCACGGAAAGCUCGCAAGACGCAUGGGCGAACGGAAAUUCGGCGGAGAGACGGCCGGAAGACGUAAUCUACACCCUGCACUCAACGUUCGAGACCAUCGAGAGCGGCGCCGGCCAGUCCCAAGACGAUGCCGUUCGAUACGAGAUUAUCCACGAAUCCCCUUCAAAUCAAUCCUCGCAAGUACACCACUUGGAUGGUCCGCCUCGGCUGAGAAGUCUGGAAGAGCUGGUGGCACAGUUCAAGCCUUUCCGUGCCCCGCCGCCUCCACAGCCGUUUCCCGAAUACGAGGGCAAGCAGAAAGGAAUGGACAAGAGGAGUGGUGCUUCGGGACACGCAGCGUCGAGACAUGCCAACCAACCGCGGCAAAAGACUUUCACCACCACCAUCACCGUGACCGAAUCCACCCACGCCGACGGGCAAAAGACCGCGUGCAGAGGCUACGGCAAGAAGGCAAUGUUCAAGCGAUGA